AUGUCUCGAGCGUUUAAGAUCCCAAAAAAAAAGUGUGGUAAAAUUCUGUCAUCUCCAAAUAUCUUCAUCCUUGGAGAUAUGGAUAUGAAAUUCGUGGCACGGGUAAGAGAAACACGAUCGACAAUAGAGGGGAAAAGCAAGGGGAAACUGUGGGAAUUAGAAGAAAGUGACACAUGGGUGAGAUCUACUUUAGCGACUAAUGAAAUAGUCUCCUAUCGAAUAAAGUCAUCGGCAUCAUCAUGA